AGUAGCAAUGGCCACAACCAUCACUUUCUUACUUAUUGCAUUCAGUUUUCCACAAUGGGUCACAUCAGGAAAAAUUGUUGGAGGAUAUGUAGACUUCAUCCAAAAUGUUCCCUAUACAGUUUCUUUGAUUAAACCAAAUUCGGGUCAUUUUUGUGGCGGAACUUUAAUUUCGAGUGAAUGGGUCGUAACGGCAGCACAUUGUGUUUAUAAAGUAAGCCCGGAUGAUCUGGACGUUCGCAUUGGUUCCAGCUUUCGGAGCAAGGGUGGCGUGAUUCGAGAAGUGCAACAAGUUAUUGUUAGUGAGCGGUACUACCCCACAUUGUCAAUGGACUACGACGUGGCUGUUCUGAAGCUGAAGCAACGCGUAUCCAAUAUAUUUGAUUCUAUCAAUUGGGUACGCAUGGCCGAUUCCAAUAGCAAGUAUUAUGCCGGCAUGUUAUGUCUCGUUUCCGGUUGGGGUAAAACCAAGGACCCAAACCAGUCGAACAACCAGAUCAAAAGUGCGAUGGUUGAGUAUAUCGAAACGAAUACCUGCAGACGAUUGCUGCAACCGAGUGUAAUUACUGAAAGAAUGAUAUGUGCUGGUGGUCAGCGAGACGAUGCCUGCCAGGGAGAUUCAGGAGGACCACUGGUUUGCGCCGGGCUGCUUGUGGGAAUCGUAUCCUGGGGUAAAGGUUGUGGUAAUUUAAAAAGUCCUGGGGUGUACACAUACGUUCCAGAAGUGAGAAAUUGGAUUUAUGAAAAAACAGGUGUAUGAUUAAGUUUAUGAAAUUUGAACAAGUUGGUCAAUAAUAAAACAGAUGGAGAUGCUUGUCUAUGUAUCCUU